UACUCCGUGAGAUGCAACAGAUGGCCAGUCGCCCCUUCGCCUCCAUCAACGUUGCCUUAGAAACAGAUGAAGAGCCGCCAGAUCUUAUUGGGGGAAGUAUAAAGACUGUACCAAAGCCGAUAGCGCUGGAGCCCUGCUUUGGGAACAAAGCAGCCGUUCUCUCCGUAUUCGUGAGGUUGCCUCGAGGACUUGGGGGCAUACCACCCCCGGGGCAGUCAGGUCUCGCAGUGGCCAGUGCACUGGUGGACAUUUCACAACAGAUGCCAAUUGCCUACAAAGAGAAAUCGGGUGCAAUACGAAAUCGGAAACAGCAGCCCCCUGCACAGCCAGGAACCUGUAUUUGAUGCAUGGACAUCAGAAACUGUAUAGGGUUUUAAACAAAACGGAAAAGUAAUACCAAGGAGGAGGAGGAGACAGAUUUCCGCGUUGUGUCACAAGAGACUCGAAGCACUCAAGAAAAACACAACUUCCUUGAACCCAGUUUUUCCUCUCAUCUACGUGAUAGUUGGCUUUAUUUGACAACUGCUCCACUUAAGUUUUACUGACACGUGGCUUCAGAUUGCUCCUUUGUUUCCUUCGAGUUUAAAGUGAAAUGAUUUCAUUGCAGGCCCAGUAACAUUCGGUCGCUGCCAUUCAUGGUCGGUGUAAAUACAGCAGUAGUCCAUCAUGAAUGACACUCAGGUUUAUACAUGGAAAGUGCUUUGUAGUUCACGUAUUUAUCAAACUGUACAAAAA